AUGUUUUCACAUGUGAUGAGAGUGGCGUUUGUUCGUCUUAAUUUUUUCCCAACAUCAGAGGUCUUCACACGGCAGUUGACCAAGGUAACAAACUACAUUUUCACAGAUCUCUUCAUUUACAAAAACAACAUUUUACUAGCGCGCUUUGUCGUUAAAGAACGAGUUUAAGCAUGAAUAUUGAAUGAGUUUCAAAUCCUUCCACUGCACCAUGUUUGUUUUCAUUAUUUUUCUAUUCAUUAAUGUUAAUGACCAGUAUACUGUUUAGUGAAAAUAGACUUCACCUUCAUACUGUGUUUAUUUCUAACAGCAAUGAGUUUUUUUAAUACGCAAAAGUUUGUACGUUGUGUUAUGUUGUGCUAUUAAAAUGGGGCUGCCAGAAUUCCGACAUCUUCUUUGGCCGUGUACAGCGGAUUGAUCUGAAUCCGUUCUGUGAUUGAAUUAAAGUUAUUCAACCUAUUAGGGUCAGCCUUCAUCUAGGCUUCUAACCCUGGUAACCUACAAUCUUUAAGAAAAUAUUAAAAAUGGAACAUUAAACCCCCAUCCCCUGGAAAUCAAGGAUGAAGACGCUGGAGAGCCCAAAACGCGCGCCAUUUUUCCAUCCUUGAGUUAAGGGGGAGAGGGGAGAGGGGGUAAAUUUUCAAUCUGUCUUAUCCAGGAAGAGCAAACCCCCAUUCCCCAAUCCUGCCAAUCAAUGCCAAUUAACAGAAAUUAAUUGAUAAAUAAUUAAUCAAAAUUGGGUUUUCUUUUCAUUGGUUAAUAGACCUUGUCACGGUUUUCGAUGCCAUCUUGACGAGUAGGCAAACGUGUGAGAAAUAACAGUGUUUGUAUGAGAAUCUAAUGUCGAAUAAUUUCCGUAAAACGGCUAUUUUGAACAAAAUAUCAAUUGUAAAGUAAAGCUACAAAGCAAAGGAUUCUCCAAAAAAAUUUUGGGGUGUACCUGUGCUUAAAUUUCUCCAGAGGCUUUCUUUAGCUUUUCCAUAUAUAUAUUUCUGUUAUUUUUUUUUGGGACUUUCAUACAGACAAAUGUAUAGAAAAUUUUAAAAAGUGGUUCUAGGUCUUCUAGUGCAUGUAACGCCCUCAAAUUUUUUCAAGAGAAUCCUUAGGAGUAAAGCUUUAGUUUACAAAUCAUAUUUUUUUCAGAACAGCCGUUUUACGGAAAUUAUUUGACAUUAGAUUCUCAUACAAUCAGUGUUAUUUCUCACGCGUUUGCCUACUUGUCAAGAUGGCGUCGAAAACCGUGACAAGGUCUAUUUUCAUCAAAUAUUGUUCACAACCUGUAAACCCUGAUCACUGUAUAUCAUUGCAAACCACAAUUAGCGCUUUUCUUUGACUUCUUUUCCUUUUUAUUGCCGUCCCUUACUGUGAUAAUUUUUAUUCUAAGAAUGAUAAUUAUUAUUUUCCUCACCUCUUCUUUUUCUUAAACUAAAUGGCAUGAUUGUGGAAUAGGUACAUUGGCUAAACCUCAUUAGAUGCUAGUCCACCCAUUUAAGGGGAUAGAUAAAGUAGGAUAAUUUCUGGUUCCCUCCCCCCCCUUCCUUACAGUGGAUUGUUCCCCCAGGAACUUUUGCGUCAUCUGUUAUUUUUGUGUUUCUUUUCUAAUAGAUCAGUAAAUUGGUGCUUUCAUUGUUACACAGUGUAAGUAACAAUAAUUAUAUUGUUAAUUUCAAGAUGGCUGCUGUCCCUGUGAAGACUUCUAUUGGAUGUAUGGAAUUUGGACGGCAAUGCAGCCCAGACCAGGUGUGCAUUUAUGAACAGUCAGGGUAAAAAUUAAUCCAUUGGUAGUUGGUUGCACAUAUUAUGUUAGAAGUUCAAGUCAAAAGUAAGAUGACUGACCCUGUAAGCUUGUGAGACUGCACACAAGUUACAUGUACGCGUUCAAAAUUUUAAUCAUUGAAAGUGAACAGGCUGUACAUAAACAGUGUCUUCCGGUGUGAAAAAAGGUUACUUGGGAAUAAUUAACAAUUAUUUCUUUGAAAUCGAGGUGAAUAGUGGCUAAACAUUUAACCGAGCUGUGGAAGGGGCGAGGUAAAUAUUCCCAAAGCCACUAUUCACUGAGAUUGAAAAGAAUUAAUAAUUGUUUUAGUAUAUACACACGAAGUGAUCUCAAGAAAAUCAGAGAGGAAACCAUUAAAAAGUACGAUUUGAUUGACAGAUCAAAUCACGCGUAAGUUUAAAAAUAGAUCUUUGCAGAAUUUCAAACAUGGCAAUUCACAAGUUUAUCAUUUCACAAACAACAGCGUAAUGGCUUAAAUGGAACUGCUAAAAGUUUGAACUUUUCCUUACUUGAGAAAAAAAGUAGAGCUUUGUUGUUUUCUGUUGACUCGCCAAGUUUAUAGCCAAAAGGGUUUGUUGUGUCAUUCUUCGCAUGAAGUGCUGACAAAAAUGGCGGCUCGGUAGCUCGAGGUAAGAUGUCGUCUUCCUGUAUCAUUCUUUUUCCUGUUUACUUGAAACGUAGAAUUUAUUUACGUUUCCUUUUAAAUUUGUUUGUCAUAAAUAAACUUUGAUUGUUGAGCCAAAAUUUUCUUGUUAGAAAACACUGAGUUCACAAAACGACUUCUUCUACGUGAAUACACGGGAGUUGUAAACAAUCCAUUGAUCACAAAACUCAGCUACAGUAAAUUGAAAAACGCCGUAUUGAAUCCUUCCAAGUCUUUUCUUGCCUCAAAAAAAGUCAGCCCUAGGAUUUUGUCGACUUUUAAACGAUCGUUCUCUAAAAAAAUGGGAAAAACACCGAGCUCACACAUUAUCCACUUGCUAGGAGGUGAAUAUUGUUGAAUAGUCUGAGAUCGCGAACCAAUCAGAUUGCUUAAAUCACCAAGAUCACUGAGUGUGUAUAACUAAUAUCAGAUGUUUUGGUCCAAUAACUUUCACUCUGUUUAUGGAAGCAGGUUGUGCACAUGCUAUUAAAUUUCCCAGGAGUACCCCUGGCCAUGGGACCCACUCAUUGACUCGAUUACUGAUGGGUUAAUGUACACUGUAACCAACAGGUUGACAUGACUAUACAGCUGUACACUGUACAUGUAUAAUUUGCAUUGAAUUCAUUAUCUUAAACUGUUCAUUAAUCACUGAAUAAUGCAUUGUUGCAGGCAAAGGAGUUUGUAAAACUUUGUAUGGAAAAUGAUGUAUAUGAUUUUGACACUGCUCAUGGGUAAGUAUAAAUUAUGUCAUUGAUCUCUAAUAAGAGCCACCUGUUUAACUUACAGGGAGAUUAUUUUUCUUGUAGAGUAAUUUAAAAGUUUCAGACAAGUAAACUUAUGUUAUCUUGUUAACCCCUAAACCACGACUUGGUAAGAUUAAAAAAAUGGGGCUCCAUUAAAAAAAUGUACCUCGUGCAACCACCUCCUUUUUGGACGGGAUGUUUUGGCAUGGAACUGCCCUUCAUUUGUCGCUCUAACUUUUAAAUCUGGAUGAAAUUCUGUGGUGUUUCUCUUGAAAUUAAACUUCUUUCAUGGCAUUCCAUACGUGCAUGUAGUAUAUGUACUUAAAAAAAAUAUUUUACUGUAUGUAGGAUUUUACAGAAGUAAGUUAACAUUUUUCAUUUUUAGGUUUUACUACUAUGUACAUGUAUGAAAAGCGUAAGCCCCUGUUUUCAAAAGGGCUUAUUACCAGUAAUGGAAAGAAGGCUUAGUCUAGACAUACAUGUAAACUGGGGUGAGGUGCAUCACAGGUAAUACAGUUGAACCUCUCUACAAUAGCCACCUUGGGGACAGAAGAAAGUGGCCGUUGUAAAGAGUUGGCUGUUGUAGAGAGGUUUUAAACAAGAGUCAAUGUACCGAUUUUUCGUCUGUGGGGACGGAAAAUUGACCCUUGUUGAGAGGUGGCCAUAGUAGAGAGGUGGCUGUUAGUGGAGGUUUGACUGCACUGGCAAUCCAUUAAUUUUUUCUAUUCAUGGAAAUAAUAUUUAUUUUGAUAAAUGCCUUAUUAGUUUUAUAUAUAUCCCCCUUGCAGGUAUAAGGUAAAGAUAUUAAUAGGGAAGUGACAUCCUUACUUCUCCUCUUUAUUAGGAUCUGAUUAUUUUGCUUUUCUUACAAUAUUCAACUUUAUUCACUGUUACAGAUAUAAUGAAGGAAAGAGUGAAGAAAUUAUGGGAGAUAUUGACAGCCUUAAUGAAUCUAAGGUAUUUUGAAGUAACCUGCUUGAACUACAUGCACAGUAAUUUCAAAGAACUGGGAAAUACUUCCCUGCUAGUUGAGCCUCUGAUUGCAGCGUGCUGGAAACAAGUGAAUAAAGUAAAAUGAAUGGUAAUGUCUUUUUAAUAACAUUAUAAUGUACUUUUUUUUCCUUCAACCAGGUUUUCAUUGCUACAAAAGCAAAUCCUUGGGGAGGAAAAGGUGUGUUCCUAAAAUUUUAAAUCAUUAAUUUUCUUAAUGUGACUACUUCUAAUUAUUUCUUACACGACAGAUACUUACUGUAAAGAACCCAUUCACCCCUGGAAAUUUUGCUGGAAAAUGCAUUUUGAAGUUAGUCAAGCAGUUUUCUGGUCACUAUCGUGCUAUAAAGAGCUAAAACUUACCUUAAAGCCAUUUAUGGGUUGUACACUUCGUGACCGUCUGAUCCAGAUGCAAAAUAUUACCUGUAGCUUGCAAAGUUCGGACUUGCACAGAAAGCAAAAUUUCACUCUCUCCUCCCCUCAUUUUUCGCUUUUCUAGCCUUAUUUUUUUCUUUUGCCGGAUAUUUAGUAGGCUUCAUUUUGGUGGGAAAAGUUUUUAGGAAAACUUUUAGGAACAAGAUUUUCAAGGAGAUUUUGUUACAUGUUUUUUUUUUUGCCAUUUUCUUGGGUGUCAUUGACUGAAUUGUGCUCAUUCUGGUAUGGUUUGAAAGAUUUCUUCACUCUGCGCAAGUCAGCGGACAAAGUUGUCCUUGACCAUUAAAACUGAUGAUGUCACAAGCUGUAAAAGGGAGGGGGAUCUGCAUGGGUGGUUACGGGUAGCCCGGGGAUGAGUGGGUUAAGGUGCCAUAAAUAUCCUAGCUGUCACCAAGUACUAGGGGGCUGGAGAUUUCCCCUGUCUACUGUGAGCAUGACCAAGGGCUACUUUCAUAGGAAUUAAAUACAUACAUGUAGAAGGAAAAAAGAACUUUUUAGCUGUUAACUCCCUGCCCACUAUACUUGCAUACUGGCAACUUGAAAUCUUAGUGACAUCCCUGGCUGUUGACUGUAAAGGUGGGCUCUAAACUGUGUUCUGGGAUUUUGAAUUUUCGGAUAAAAAAUUAUUACAGAAUCCAUCCAUUUUUUGAUUUUCUGUGCCUUUCUGUGAUUUUCCUGUAUAACCUCGAUGCGCAUUAUUAAUUUUGCACUGCACUCCGAAAUGAUAUUCUAUCUUUUUUUACGAUUCCCUAUAUUCUCUUUCUACUUUUGUCACUCAUAAUCAUGUUUCUUUCAUCCUUUUUUCUUACAUUGUAUCAGUUCCUUCCAUUUUUCCAAAAUUGUUUUGCCUUUUUUGACAGCAGUUUGUUUUUCAAAUAACUUCUAUCCUGAAGCCUGCUCAUUUUCCUUCAUUUUUUUGUAUUUAAUUUUAUGACCAGGUGUAUUGCAUGAGUUCCUCCAUCUAAAAAUUUCAUUCAGUUGAUCAUUUUAUUGUUUGUUGGCUUAAUCUUCAAAGGUUUGAAAUGUGACAGUGUGAAGAAACAGUUGAAUGAAUCUCUCAAAAGAUUGAAGAAAGACAGUGUGGACUUGUUUUACCUUCAUGCUCCAGAUCACAGUACACCCAUUGAAGAAACUCUUGAAGCUGUCAAUCAUCUGCAUAAAGGUUUUUAGAUGCAAAUGUACUCUAAGAUGUUGAUCUAUUAAACCACCGAACAAGAAAACAAAACCUAACAGUUUAUCAACUAAGCAUUAGGAACUUUAUUAUAAAUUAAAGGGGUGUCUGGAAUAAGCCCUGAGGGACUUCUGAUUAAAUGCUAAAUUCUCCUUCAAGUUUACCUCAUUUUAUGCAUGUGAAUCAAGAAGAAAAUUUAUCAUUAGAUCAGUGCUCAUCUGAUCCACUUAAUGAAGGUCUUGCCCAAUUUUUUUUAGGGAAAAAAUUCUCCUCUUCAGUUAUUGUAGGAUUUUAGUAGUUGUGGCUCUGGGGAGCAAUGUAUGCAACCCAUUCUGCCAAUAUUGGUACUCUAAUAAUGGAUAACCAUGUGGCAGUUACUUCUUAUUUUGUUUUCAACAUGUAUGUACAUCUGUACAGUCAUGCAGACUUCUUGUUACCAACAUGGAAUAUUGUUGUUUUGUUUUCAAAAAAUGUGCAUAUAACGAACAUACAGUAUUAACCAAAUUAAUUUUGUUUUUAAAGAAUGAAAGAUGAUAAUUAAUUGUGGUGGGGACCCAGGUUUUUUCUUUGCCCCAUGCUCGUGACAUGCUGAUUAAUUCAUUUUCACAAAAUUUUGUCUUUUUUCAGAGGGAAAAUUUAAAUCCUUUGGCCUUUCUAAUUACACUGCUUGGCAAGUAGUAAGUGUGUUUUUUAAUACCUCAUUUUGCUUGUGAAAUGGAAGGCAAUUAUUAUUUUCCUUGGUUCAAAAUGUCAUGAAAGGAUGAUUUUUCAUUCCACAGCUGUGAAUUCAGUAACAGUGAAACCUUAAUUUAAUGUAAUAGGUAAUUGAAUGAAUGAUAAAUUGCGAUUCAGAGGUACGCGUAGCCCUUUUAUGUAGUGGUGGUUGUUAAUCUACCAUUCAGAAUCAAAUUGGGGAAACUGGAGCACCCUCCAGCCAGAGAAACACCCCUUGGAGGAAGGAGGAAAACCAAAGCAAUAGAUAUAUAAUUUGAAUGACAUUGUUAGUCCCAGUCUAGUCUAAAGUGUCAGCCAUCUAUUCACUCCAACCUCCAACCCCAUAAUGGGCAACCAGGCAAGACCACUACUAAGCCCCAGCAACAGUGAAAUUUAAAGAGGACCCAGAUCUUAUCUACAUGUAUCCCCAAUUUAAUGAUCAACUUCUCCAUUCCAUUUGACUCUCUAAUAUUCCUAGUGCAGGUUUGACUGAAUUUUUUGCUUUCUUUUAGGCAGAAAUUUAUUAUCUGUGUAAGAUGAAUGGGUAUCCAUUACCAACUGUCUACCAAGGAAUGUAUAAUUCUGUUACAAGGUAAGCAUGCAUCCUGAUGGUUAAAGCUGUGGUUACAUGGGGCAGCUUUACCAAGGUUGAUAGAAAGUCUGUCAAUGUUAUGUGGGGAAGAUUCCCCGAGGUGAAUUUUCAUGGUAAAGUGACUGAGCACAGUAGAAAAUGUUCCAACCAAAACACUGUGUGGAUUGAAAAUCGCUCUGUUUGCCUUGGUAAACCUACAAAUGACAAGACAAGUUUGGACAAUUCUGCGCAUACUGUUCAUAAAAAUUUUUAGUUUGUUUCUUUGCCUUCUUUUUUUUUAUUUUUCCAUUGUCACGUUUUAUGAGGAGGCGGCAUGAACACGCAGCAACAAAUUUCCCUUCCCUUUCUAAAUUUGGACGGUCCCUGGAAGUGACCUCUUCUGUUACCUUUUUAAUAUCUGGUGGUUCUUGGACUGGGUCUUUUCCUUAAUUAAACAACUCUUCAAUACGAUCAGGCAGCUGCUUAAUGAGACUGGUAAGGAUGGGAAAAGCAAUCAAUUGGACAAACAGUGAAAGUCAAGAAAAUUGUGUAACUGAGCAUUUGGUUGAUUAUAUUUUGUGAUCAGACCAUUUAGAAAAGGUCAGUGUCAUUAUAUGACACUACCUUUUAACCCCUAAAGCCCAAAUAUCCACAUACAAAUUAAUUUUUUCCAAUUGAUCUCCAUACAUCCCAUAAAGACUCUGACUCAGUCUUUGACUCUGAAGAUGACUACUGCAAAAGUUGUCAAAAUGUCAGUCACUGUCAACAACAACAGUCCUAUUCAGGACUAUGUUCAUCCAGACAUUCAUGCUCAACUUACUUAUGAAGUGACUCCUGGGUUGAACCUUUCACAGCAUUCCAUAAAGAUCAAGCGGAAAGCACUUGAUAGAGGAUAAAAGGAUUUUCUGCAAGGUGAUAAUUUUACUAAUUCUCAUAACCCUGUCUCUUGAUUAAUCCGAUAAGUACCAAUAGUGACCAAUAUCAAUUUUCUCCUAACAAUAUCCAUACAUUGUCAAUAGAAAAAGUUAUAAGAAUUAAUAAAAUGAUCACCAAAGACAAAAUGCCAUGAUCUUUUAUCAAAUUCUCUCAACUAAUUCUUAAAGGAAAUGUAUAGAGAUCAGUUUGGAGAAUUUGCAUAUGGAUAUUGGGGCUUAAAGGGCUAAGGAUUGGUAUUGUUGAAGGAAAGGUGAUGUUGCUCACCCUUGGAGCUUAAAUGGUUAAUACGUACACCCAGCUGAGACCAAAUUCUCAUAGCCUAAUUUCUUUUCAGAGAUAUCGAAAAAGAACUCUUUCCCUGUCUUAGGAGAUUUGGAAUGGCCUUCUAUGCAUACAACCCAGUGAGUAAAAAGUAAUUUCUGGUCAGUGUGGGAUGCAGAUUUGGGUGUAACAAAACGCAGUCGUCUAAUACAGCGUAGUGAAUUAAAAGCAACGUAAAAUAGGAAUAACAAACGAUACAUGGUGAGGGGCCGCAAUAUCUGCAGAUUGUGGCAUAUGUUUAAUCCAUCCGUGUAUUCCAUUCUCCGUCCCAUGAAGUGGGUACGUUGCCCAAGUUUAUGCAUAAGUUUACUCUAGGGGACAAAAACGGAGACUUAAAAUACCUUUCCUAUAUACGGCAACAUCUCAAUCUGUUGUAGGGUUUGCUCCUUCGGGAUGAUCCGGAUGAGGGGCAGUGAUCAUGAUGCGUCAAAGGAAUUGAUGAAUUCUUGUCUGGAGUGGGUUCAUUGGUUCCUUUGAUGCGUCAUAAUCUGAGUGAUCUCGGAUCACUGAUCCUCUUCUAGAUCAUCCCAAGAGAACGCACCUUUAAAAUCUUGUUUAGUGCAAAGAAAGAAAUAGUAUUACGUACUCCUUUGUUACUUGGCGAAAAAUUGGGAAUCAUUUUGGGACAUCUUAGGUACAUAUCUUGGACAAAGAGGCCAAAAACCAUACCAUGUCCAGCAAGCUGCACUUCUUCCUAUAAGCCAUUUAAGUAAGCGCUUCGGGGUUCACCACUUAAACUGAUAAGGCUGUGUAACGUUUGACUUGGGUUUAAAAAAAACUAAAUCCUCCUUCUUUAGACUUUAGAUAUACUUGUGUGUACUUUUAUAAGAACGUUCUUCGCAUUCUGCUUCUAAGAACGAACCUCUCGCUCUUAUGGAUACAUAUCUGCGCCCCGCGGGUUCCACGAUCUAGUUCUUGAGAUUGUUCCAGUCGAGAGUCCAUGAGAGCCAUUUUCGCAGCGCUUCACUAAUUACCUGUAGCUAGUGGUGUUAUAUUUAUAUUUCAUAGCUCGCUGGAGGAAUCUUAACGGGUAAACAUCGAUACGAAGACAAAGAAACGGGAAGCAUUCAACAUGGGCGUUAUGCUGGAACUGGACCAUGGGCUGACUUGUAAGUGGAAUUGAUUUGGUAUUACCGGGUUCACUUAAAGGCUUGAUAUGAUCAUAAGGAAUAAAUAGUGCUAUGUAUUUAAGGGUUUAACUUAAAACUUCGACUUGAACGUUAAAACCAUUAGGAUCAUGUCCACAGUUUUUAAAGUAAAGAUGGCAAAAUAAUUAUCUCACCAUAACUCGGUCUAUGGGUAGCAAGAGGGUUUCAAAAAGACGUUAAUUUUUAUAACAAUUGCUGGGAAAGAGGUAUAUAUUAAGGUCAAUAAGAUCUCUUAUUUCUUGUUAAAAGCUUGGAAAACCUGAUUUUCUUACAUAAUCUGAUCUUCUGUUGAUAAUAAAGAACGUGUCUUUAAAUUGGAACCAUUUACCAAUACAAUACCGCACAGGUUGUCGAAACGUCAGUCACUGUCAACAACAACAGUCCUAUUCAGGACUACGUUCACCCGGACGAUCAAACUCAACCUACUUUUGAAAUGACUCCUGGGUUCAAACCUUUCACAGUAAUACAAUGUAUCUUCUGACUUGUAUUAGGGAACCUGCUUAUAGUCAGACAUAAGAACAAGAUAGCAGUUCCUACUUCACAGUUACAUGUAUAAGGUUCAACUACAUGAAGAUUUAUCAAACACAUUCACCUAUAGCGUGCCCUUUUCAUUUCUAGAUACGUCGCGCGCUUUUGGAAAAAGCCAUUGUUUGAUCUACUUGACAAACUCAAAGGAACGAUGAAUAGUAUCUACGGUGAAGGAAAAGUGAGCUUGAUUGACGCUUCCCUUCGCUGGAUGUAUCAUCACUCAAAAAUGGAUGGUGCAUGUGGAGGUAUGUAUUAGCAUGUGAUUUCAAAAGGGUUCUUAUACACGGACAGUCCAACUUGCCAUAACGAAGCGGACCACUCAAGAUGAGCAGAUUUAAUGGUCGCCUACGGGAAGUGAUCUCUUACGAGAAUCGAGCCACAGGGGGUCUGUUCUCUUGUAUCUCUUUGUAUACAGUUUCCAGGUUACUUAUACGUGCAGUUCUAUGUUGUCACUUAAAAUUCUUUGUAUAUUCUGAAUGGUGUAGUACAUACAGCGGUCAAAGAAACCAUACCAUUCGCUAAGUGGUCGCUUACAAGAGAUCAAAUACCAUUGAAAACUGUAAAAUUGUUAGGCUAAAAAGUGGUCGCGGUCGGUCAUGAGAGGUGGUUGUUUACGAGAGGUUCUAAGUAUAGAGCUUUGACGGGGAAAAUUAAGAGUGUUUUGAAAUGAUAGGUGAUCGCUUGUGGGAGGUGGUCACUUGAGGUAGUCACACAUUGAGGUUCGACUGUUUGUCAUUUCUUAUUCUCCUCAUGAAAGAUAAGUUUCUUUUCGGGCCAAGGGACGCAACAACGGGAAAUACGUCACCGUUUAGUUCCUCUGCUUCGGUUUGCGACUGAUCAUCGGACUCUUCAGUCUAGUUUCCAGUCCUAGUGGAGUUUGAAAUGCUGUUAUCACGAGAUCAUAACGCUCUCUGAUUCUGAUUAGGACUCCAACUCCGUCGGUUGUAAAACCAGACUUAACAACUUUUAACGGAAUCUUGUGGAAGAAUAAAUGUGGUCGUAGCAUGUUCUUUGCUCACAACUAGCAGCGACAAUGCUAUGCCAUACCUCAAUGUUUUAGAAACUAUUACACUGGAAAACAUUUACAAAUUUGAAGUAGUCUUUUUCACACAUAUAACGCAACAAACAUCCCUACGUGUCCGAUUUUUGAAGGAACCCUUACCCUAGCCUCUGAGAUUCAUCACACCAGAGUUGUAUCCAACCUUAAUUUUCAUCGGCCAAAGAUAAGCAAUAAUUAUGGAGCUGCCACUUUUGCUUUUGUUGGAUCCGCUGAAAUAAAAAAAAAGCUCCCCUCUAAUAGCUUCUAUAGGCAAUAUAAAAUGUACCUUUUAAAUACCCAAUGAGUAAUUUGAUUUCUCUACUCACACUACCAAUAAUCAUUUUUAUUGUUUUUAUAUAUCGUAAAUACGACUUUAUGCACUUUUAAUUUUCCUUUCUCCGUUAUCCGUUACUUGUAGUUUUAUGUAAAUGUCUACGCCAGUAAGUUGCACAUGGCAGUGACUAACUCGAACGCCUAAACUCGUUUGGUCACUGCGCACAUUUCACCUUUGAUGAUUUAUGUAAUUUGUUUCUUUAUUUUUUUCUUACUUUUGUAAUGUACUGUAAUGUUUGUAGUACCUCUUGGAAUAGUGCAAAAGAAUAAAGAAUCUGAAUCUGUAUAAACUCUUUUUUGUGUGUAUUUUUUAGACGCUGUUAUAAUUGGAGCUUCAUCUGUCAAACAAUUAAAAGAGAACUUACAGAGUACAAAGAACGGUCCUUUACAUGAAGGUAUGUAUGCUGUU